UAGAAGGAGCGACUGCGUCUGGACUAGUUAUAGGUUGCAUAAUAAUGAACGUGUCCUCCAGAAGAUCCUAAAGAGCAGAGAACGUAUAUUUGAUCAGUGUAAAACAGCUAAAGUGGAGAGACAUCCUUCCGAGUUUGGAAUGAUAAUGACAGAAUCUGGGGAAGUCAUAGACUUGGACCCUCCAGCUGAGACUUCACAAGAGCAAGAAGACCUUCUAAUAGUGAAGGUGGAAGAAGAAGACAGCACCUGGAUGCGGGAGUACAACCCGCCAGUGUUUGAGACUUUUUACCAGCGCUUCAAGCACUUCCAGUACCAGGAGGCAUCGGGCCCCCGGGAGGCACUCAGCCAGCUCCGGGUGCUCUGCUGUGAGUGGCUGAGGCCCGAGCUGCACACCAAGGAGCAGAUCCUGGAGCUGCUGGUGCUGGAGCAGUUCCUGACCAUCCUGCCUGAAGAGUUCCAGACCUGGGUGAGAGAACAUCACCCAGAAAACGGAGAAGAGGCUGUGGCUGUGGUAGAAAAUAUACAGAGGGAACUAGAGGAACGCAGACGACAGAUUGUGGCAUGUCCGGAAGUCCUUUCUCAGAAGGUGGUGCCAUCAGGAGCUAUGCAGGAGUCCUUCCAUCACCAGCUUCUGUCUCUGGAAUCCCAGCCUGAACAAGAGCCACAGAAGCCUCAUCUGGAGGAAAAUGCCCUUCCUGCUCUCCAAGUUUCUUCCCUUCCCCUGAAGGACAGCCAGGAGCUGACAGCCUCACUUCUUUCAGCUGGGUCCCAGUUGGUGAAAAUCGAAGAUGUGGCUGAUGUGGCUGUUUCCUUUAUCCUGGAGGAAUGGGAACAUUUGGACCAAUCCCAGAAGUCUCUCUAUAGGGAUGACAGGAAGGAGAAUUAUGAGAGUAUUACCUCCAUGGAUUGCAAGUCAAAGAAUGACAAUAUGGAACUCAUAGUAAAGCAGAUUUCUGAUGAAGCAAAAUCGCACUGGAUGACAUCAGGAAACACUGAAAGAAGUGUUGCCCAAAGUCAAGAAUUUGGAGAAGUUAAUGAGCUUCGCAGCAUGGUAGAAGGGUGGCAGGUAAACCCCAGUGUGGGGAAGUCAAGGCAGAACCCUUCCCAGAAAAGAGAUCUUGGUGCCAUCGCAGACAUUAACUGUAAGCAAAACACAAAUGCUGAGAGAGGUCACAAAUGUAAUGACUGUGGUAAAUUUUUCCUUCAAGCCUCAAACUUCAUUCAACAUCGGCGAAUCCACACUGGAGAAAAGCCAUUUAAGUGUGGUGAAUGUGGGAAAAGCUAUAAUCAGCGUGUGCACCUUACUCAACAUCAGCGAGUCCACACUGGUGAGAAACCCUAUAAAUGUCAGGUGUGCGGAAAAGCCUUUCGUGUGAGUUCCCACCUAGUCCAGCAUCACAGUGUGCACAGCGGAGAGAAACCCUACGGAUGUACCGAAUGUGGGAAAAACUUUGGUCGGCACUCUCAUCUGAUUGAGCACCUGAAGCGCCACUUCAGAGAGAAAUCCCAAAGAUGCAAUGACAAAAGAAGUAAGAAUACAAAAUUGAAUGUUAAGAAGAAAAUUUUAGAAUUUUCAGAAGCAGACAUGGAACUAUCUGGAAGAAUAAAAAAAAAUGUUUCUCAAGUUCAAGAUUUUGGAGAAGGCAAGUUGGAUAGAAAGCAGGGAAUUCCCAUGAAAGAGAUAGUAGGACAACCCUCUUCAAAGAGGAUAAAUUUCAAUGAAGUCACAUAUGUCCACAAAAAAUCCUCCGCAGGAGAGAGACCACAUAAAUGUAAUGAAUGUGGAAAAAGCUUUAUUCAGAGUGCCCAUCUUAUCCAACAUCAGCGAAUACACACUGGAGAGAAACCAUUUAGGUGUGAUGAGUGUGGGAAAAGCUAUAAUCAACGUGUGCACCUAACUCAGCAUCAGAGAGUCCACACUGGCGAAAAACCCUAUACCUGUCAUUUAUGUGGGAAAGCAUUUAGAGUAAGGUCCCAUCUUGUUCAGCAUCAGAGUGUGCACAGUGGGGAGAGACCCUUUAAAUGUAACGAGUGUGGGAAAGGUUUUGGGAGGCGUUCACACCUUGCUGGGCAUCUAAGACUUCAUUCUAGAGAGAAAACCCAUCAGUGUCAUGAAUGUGGAGAAAUCUUUUUUCAGUAUGUUAGCCUCAUUGAACAUCAGGUGCUCCACAUGGGUCAGAAAAAAGAAAAAACUGGCAUUUGUGAGGAAGCAUAUAGUUGGAACUUAACAGUGAUUGAAGAUAAGAAGAUUGAGUUACAAGAGCAGCCUUAUAAAUGUGAUAUAUGUAGCAAAGCCUUUAAUUAUAGUUCUGACCUUAUUCAGCAUUACAGAACUCAUACUGCAGAGAAAACCUGUAAAUGUGAUCUUUGUAGAGAAAAUGUUGGCCAGUGUUCUCACAUAAAACAACGUCAAAAAAUCUAUUCCAACAUGAAAUCCUAUCAAUGUAAUGAAUGUGGCAGAGGCUUCACUCUGAAGUCACAUCUUAAUCAACAUCAGAGAAUCCAUUCUGGUGAGAAACCCUUUCAAUGUAAAGAAUGUGGAAUGAGUUUCACUUGGAGUUGUAGCCUCUUCAAACAUCUGAGAAGUCAUGAGAGGACAGAUUCCAUAAAUACCUUCAGUGUAUAGAUGUUUCUGUUGUAGCACCGCUCUUAAUUUAGACAAGCUUUCCUGAAGAGAAAUCCUACUCCUAUGAUGAAUGUAGUAGUAACUUCAGCUUAACCAUAAAACCUCCAGAUACAUAACUGAAAUCCUUCCGUUAGAACUUAGGAACACUGGAGAACAAGAAAUAGAUAAUGUGUUUGCUUUCCCAGGGAGAAAUGCUUCUAUGAGCAUCUUCAUGCUUGAGAAUGUAGACAAAAGAGAACCCGCGGUGCCCGGACGGCAUGGCUCAGUGGUUGAGUGUCAACCUACGAACCAAGAGGUCAUGGUUCAAUUCCUGGCCAGGGCAUAAAAAAAAAAAGAGAGAGAACCCAUGGAUAUUAUGGGUGAAGGAAAACCUUCAAGUAGCACUUAUUCCUCAUUUGAAUGUCAGAGCACUGACACUGGGGAAGCCUCAUGGAUACAGUAGAAAUAAGCUUUGUUUGUAAUUCUGCCUUGACAGCUUAUCUAUUCAGGGAAGAGCAUAGGUAAAGAGAGAACUCUUCAGCAUGAUACUCGUUUUGGUACCUCAGCAAUGAACCUCCCCUAGAAAUGAUUGUCCUGGCCAAUAGAAGGCUCCAGUCAUUGUUCCCAUAGUAAGUAUUAAACCCUUUGAAAAAAAUUGACUUAAGGAUUUGUAUUUUGGAAAAAUUGGGUUCAGAGGCCGAAUGGUAUGUGUUCCUUACUAUCUUAUUCAAUCUACAACUUCUCCAGGAAACACACUCGACUUUUUUGGUUUUGUUUUGAUUCUGUUACCAUCAGAUUAGCUAUUAGAAAGAGGAGUUAAGUUUUUCAAUUCAGUAGAAACUGUUGGCUAGUCACAUCUUGAGGGGAGGGGAGCAGGACCUUAGGGGAAUAAAGAACACAGGCCAAAUGGACUUUUUUUUCUUUUCUUCUUUUCUAUUAUCCGCAAGAAUCAGGGUAGCUAUUCCCAUAGAAUUAUGGUCCCAGUUUGGCUCAGUGGAUGGAGCAUGGGUCUGCGGACUGAAGGGUCCCAGGUUCGAUUCUGGUCAAAGGCACAUGCCCGGGUUGUGGGCUCCGUCCCCAGUGUGGGGCAUGCAGAAGGCAGCCGAUCGGUGAUUCUCUCUCAUCAUUGAUGUUUCUCUCUCUCCCUCUCUCUUCCUCUAAAAUCAAUAAAAAUCUAUUUAAAAAGAAGAGAAAAAAAAAGAAUUGUCGUCCAAGCAAUAUGUAUACUAAUUCCCAGUUGCUCUGGAGAUAGAUGUCCCUGCAGGAUAAUGACAUGUAGAAUGAGUUUCAAUUUGCAUUGCAGCUGGAUUUGAAAGUAAACAGUAAUUAGGAGCAGGAAGGUCAUGGUCUGGGUAGGAGUUGUGGGCAAAAGAAGAUGGCAUGGAAAAAAGGUUUCACUUGAGUCUGUUUGCUAGAGAAAGGGAAAGAGCUUUUGGGCACUGCUGAAGUCCUGCUUCUGCUGACUGCCUAGCGUACAAUGAACACCAAAUUAAACUUGUUGAUUGUGUUGUACACUGCUAUCCUGUCCAGAUUCCUCUAGCUAGACUUCACACCUAUCCACUAAGCUGCCCAGGGUUUAGGCUGCUAAGUGCUCACAGCUCUUCCCUUCUCCAAGAUUCUAGAGACUUGUCCUCAGAUGGUGGGAGCUGCAGCAUCCAGGAGUUAAUCUGCCGUCCCCACUCCAGCCAGUGACUGACUAAUAUGGAGGUACAAAAGGUUGAUUCACUUGCCUAAAGCAGAGGAAAACUAUAAUGUAGUUUGUUUCCCAAGCCACUCUGUGGAUCAGGCUAAGGCUAGACCUUGAGACUGUGUCCAUGCUUGACUCUUGCCCUCUUGAUCAGUUUCAUUCCCUCUCGCAAAUAUUUUUCCUGAAGAGCAUGCCCUUAAACAACCAUGAGGUUCUGAAUCCCUGUUUUAGGCUCUGUUUUAGGGAACCUGAUUAAAACAUUUGGUGCUGUGAGCUGUCCUAGGAGGUUGACCACUGUGGAGGGUGUCCAUGAGGCAAUGAGGACUCCCUCACUAAUGGUGGGUGAAGUAUUGGUAGUCCCUGGCGUGUGGUGGUGGUUCAAUUGUGAGAUGUUCACUAUGGUGAACUGGGAUGGCAUACAGGUGGAAAGGGAUGUACUGACUUGGGUAAACUUUGGUGAAAAAAAUGAAAAUAAUAAAAGGAUU